UCCAUCAUCAAUUGCACAAUUUACUCUUGUCUCGCCUUCAGACAUUUUCUUUUCUUUUUUGCUACACUACACCAUGUCACGUUCAAAGAGCUAUCAGUGCAUUGGUUCUAGUCUUCGUCAAAAAAUUAUCAGAUCUAUUUUCGAUGAAGGAUUGGCUCCCGCAAAGACUGCCCGUCGUUUUGGCUUCUCUUACUCUACUGUACAUAACAUUGCAGGCUUUCGAAGAGAAGGGAAGAAUAGAAAAAAAAGAGAAGAGGUAGUAAUCACCAUGUAGUUCUUCAAGAAGAGCAUAUUGCAUGGCUAAAAGAUAAACUCAAUGAAGACCCUAGCCUUACUAUCGAUAAUGUUCAUCAAACCUAUAAAUGAGCAUUUUCAUUUCAAUCCGCCUGUGUCUAUAUCAGCCAUUUCUAGAGCUAUACGUCAACAAGCAGACUACACACUUAAGCUCCUAAGUUAUCAGCCGGAAGAUUACAACAGUGAGGAAAGGAUCGCUGCUCGCGUUCAAUGGACGAGUGGUUCUGCCAUGGGUGGAGCGGACCUAUCAGAGGCAGUGUUCAUUGGGGAGGGGUUUCAACUUGUAUCUUACGCGUAGAUUUGAUCGAGCACCACGAGGAAAAAGGGCACCAAAAACUGCUCAGCUGGGGCAAAAUGUUUCCAUCAUAGUUGCUGUUGGCCAGGAAGGGAUUAUCGCUUCGGAAGUGCGGUUAGGUGCCUUCAAUACUCAAACUUCCCCAGAUUUUUUGACCGACAAACUCAUCCCUGCCCUUCCAACCCCGAGAGUCAUCAUUAUGGAUAACGUCCCUUUCAAUAGCUCACAGAGUAUACAAGGCACGUUUGCUUGUGAUUGCCUCCCUACACCCCUCAUCUCAAUGCGGCCGGAUGGGUCUUUGGUAGCAUCAAGGGGCAUGUAGAACGUCAAGAGCUUCAAAACCACGAACCAUUA